AUGUCUUCCCUGCAUCCACUGGAAUUCCACGCCCCCGGAUGGCACGACGAGGGUCGAACGCCCGUCGUAGACGGCAAGUACUACGACCGCGCGACCGGCAAGGUGCACCUUGCGUCUGAUGGCGAUCAUCAGGAGUACAUGGGCCCACCCUCUGUUGACAUCAUCGUCAAGAGCCAGCAUGUGGACACCGUUCACUGCACGUACCGCGCGGCGCGGGCGUUCCCCAUGGAGGCUCUCUUGUGUCACAUCAUGAAAGUGGUUGGGGAAAGGAAGCUGGAGGUUGAUUCUGUCAUCGCGACACCAUAUGCAAUUCGAAUUAUCCUGUCGCAUGAGCUGACGCCGGACAAGUUUACCGAGAUUGCCUCUGAGAUGGUGAAUGGGAUUUGGAACAAAACAGAGUGA